ACGGACGCCUCCAAAAAGUGAAAGUGAAAGACAGAAAGUGACGUCUCCUCUGAAACGCGUACAAAUGUCGCAACUCUGUGCUCGGCGCUGUUAUUUCAUAAACAUUCGUGUGGAUUUACCAGUCGGCGUACCCUCUGAAUUCUCCGGGAUAAAUGGACAUGCAUAUUCUCGUUAAACUGAUUUUCAUAAUGGCGGCAUAUCAGAGUAAUAUUGCCAGAGCAAACGGUGUCUGUGUAACCCCAAUUCGGAUCCCCAACACAAUACCUAAGCAAGGAAAAUAUAGCAUCGGUCAGAUUACUCACGUUGAGUGUGCAAAGGGCUAUGUAAGGAAAGCAGGAACAUCCCGCAAGUUCAACUGCACUGAAAAAGAUGGCAUCAUAUCCUGGCACUCUGCCCUUCCCCUGAAGUGCAUACCUGAUCCCAGAAAUCCACGUGUGUCCUCAACAAAGACCCCAUUCCCUCCUCAACAUUUCACAUCAUCCACCACAGAAAGAGCUGCAAGAAGUAAUACCACAGUUCAUGGCACAAGCACAGCAACCACAGCAACAGGACAUAUAGCUGUGACAACAACAAAUAAAGUUGUCACAAGCAAAACAAGAAGGACUACCAGCCUGUCAACUCUGAUGUGCACAACAAAAAUGGUGGAGUCUACUACAACAACCAAUGAGAUUACGACUUCAACAUCCAGCAGCUUCACAAGCAGAGAAUAUAUGACAGCAAAAACAUCGUCAAAUACCCCGUCAGGCUCUUUCUCUACAACAACAGGAGGCAAUGCAUCUACUACUAGAACCACUACUGAUUCUGAAGGAGACAAGUCAGGAGCAUUUUCCAGUGGUUAUAAAUCAACAGUAGGUGGAGUUACAGGCAUAAUUCUCCCUUGCCUGAUAGUAGCAGUAAUGCUUUUAUGGUGGAGGUCAAGAAAUCGGCAAAAAAACAGGAACAAUGCAGAUCCAAACAGGAACGAAAUAAUUCUUACCAACUCAGUUGCCUGCACUUCCUACACAUCUGUACCACAAAGUGCACCAGCUGACAAUUCCAAAGAAGACUUAGAAAUUUUCAUAAAUCAACCACAAUGUGUGGACACAUGAUAAGACAGACUGCUUAUAAGUUUUGUUCAGAUUGUCAACCCAUAUAGAAAUUUUGCAUAGCUUCUUUUUUUGUCACUUUCUUAUGCCACAUAAAACAAAAACAUAUCAGACAUCGUUUGAAGAAAACAUGCUUAAUGUCUUUGCAGAAAUAAAUUAAGGUAAAAGUCGAGAAGAAAAUGACAAUAUACUGCUGGUCUACACAGAGACCAGCAGAGACAAUAACAUGGAAUAAAGCUGUGUAUUCCAGCUUCCUAUGUUUCUGUAAUAAUCAUAACAUAAGAUGUAAUAAUCCAGUGAAGUGGCAACAUGUUGUCAUGUUGCAAGACAUCAUCAGUAUUGCAAACCCUGUUGGUUGGGUGUAGACAAACCAACAUUGACACAUAAACCAACGCAGAUAUGCAUUAAUAUGAUCUGAACAGUUGAGAUGCACAGUGUGGACAGUCGUUUAGACCAGAUUUCAAUUGGAUACUCA